AUGCCAGUCGUCACUGGAUCCGACUUCCCGGGCUAUGAGCAGCUUGGAAGCAUUUUCAAUAUCUCGGCAGCGGUUUCUAUUCCCGCGAAUGCCCGGAUUGUCGCCACCUCCGGCCAAAUUGCCGAUAACCACGACCCAAUGUGGGGAACUCACGCGGAGCAAUUCGAGAAAUCAAUGGUCAACAUCGAGAGAGCUUUGGCAUCAGCAUCUCCGCACAUAAAGGAUCCACGACAACUGUGGGAGGGAGUGUUUUACGUCACGUCUUUCCAUGUUGGUGUUUUGACAAGGGAAGAGCAAUUGCAGAUCGCCGAAAUUGCUAGAAAAUACUUUGGAAAGAAUAAGCCUGCGUGGGCAGCUAUUUGUGUCAAUGCCCUCUUCCCACCGGAGGCGCUCGUGGAGAUCCAAAUUCAGGCAGCCUAUCGGGAUAGCAUAUAA